AGAUGUUUUAAUCACCUGGUUUUUCUUGUGUUUUAGCCUCAAGGAAUAGGUUCUCCAAGUGUCUACCACGCUGUGAUAGUGAUCUUCUUGGAGUUCUUUGCCUGGGGACUCUUGACAGCACCUACCCUGGUGGUUUUGCAUGAAACCUUCCCAAAACAUACGUUUCUAAUGAAUGGUCUCAUUCAAGGAGUAAAGGGCUUGUUAUCCUUUCUCAGUGCCCCGCUCAUCGGUGCCCUGUCUGAUGUGUGGGGACGGAAGUCCUUCCUGCUGCUAACAGUGUUUUUCACCUGUGCACCAAUACCACUGAUGAAGAUCAGCCCGUGGUGGUACUUCGCCGUGAUCUCUGUCUCCGGAGUGUUCGCAGUGACGUUUUCGGUGGUUUUUGCUUAUGUAGCAGACAUAACCCAAGAGCAUGAAAGGAGCAUGGCCUAUGGCUUGGUUUCAGCAACUUUUGCAGCAAGUUUAGUUACCAGCCCUGCUAUCGGUGCCUACCUUGGUCGGGUCUAUGGAGACAGCCUGGUCGUGGUGCUGGCUACAGCCAUAGCCCUGCUGGACAUCUGCUUCAUUCUCGUUGCUGUUCCAGAGUCGCUGCCAGAGAAGAUGAGGCCAGCGUCCUGGGGAGCACCCAUCUCGUGGGAACAGGCUGACCCCUUUGCAUCACUGAAGAAAGUCGGCCAGGACUCGAUCGUGCUGCUAAUCUGCAUAACAGUCUUUCUUUCAUACCUCCCAGAGGCAGGGCAAUAUUCCAGCUUCUUCCUAUACCUCAGACAGAUAAUGGGAUUUUCAUCUGAAAGUGUUGCAGCGUUUAUAGCAGUCCUUGGGAUUCUUUCCAUUAUUGCACAGACGAUAGUUCUGAGCUUACUGAUGCGAUCCAUUGGGAACAAGAACACCAUCCUCCUGGGCCUCGGCUUUCAGAUACUGCAGCUUGCGUGGUACGGCUUCGGCUCGGAGCCGUGGAUGAUGUGGGCAGCCGGCGCCGUGGCUGCCAUGUCCAGUAUUACCUUCCCAGCUGUGAGUGCACUGGUGUCCCGAACGGCUGAUGCUGACCAGCAGGGUGUUGUUCAAGGGAUGAUAACAGGAAUUCGAGGCCUGUGUAACGGCUUGGGACCAGCACUUUACGGGUUCAUAUUCUAUAUCUUUCACGUUGAAUUGAAUGAACUCCCCAUGUCUGAAUCGCCGUCAGGAGGCAGCGUGGUCACACAGUACCAUUUACAACAGAACUCCAUCAUUCCCGGCCCCCCGUUCCUGUUCGGAGCGUGCUCCGUGCUGUUGGCGCUGCUCGUUGCCUUGUUUAUCCCUGAACACACCAACCUGACCGUGCGAUCCAGCGGCUGGAAGAAGCACUGUGGCAGCCACGGCCACCCCCACAGCCCCCAGGCCCCCGGGGAAGCGAAAGAGCCUUUGCUGCAGGAUACAAACGUAUGA